AUGUCAGAUAUUUCUACCUGGACUAUCUACGGUCAAUCUAAACUGGCAAAUAUUCACUACUCCAGAGAUUUGGCUCAACGGCAUCCGGAGAUAAAGUUUAUCAGUCUCCAUCCUGGUAUCGUUAAGACGAAUCUUGGGACAGAAUUCAUCUCGGAUUCCGAGUUGGUGGUCGCUGCUGCUCUCAAGUUUGCCAUGAGGUCUACAACGGUUGAUGCUCGCGGAGGAGUUUUCAACGCUCUUUGGGCUGCAACUAGCACCGCUGCAAAAUCGGGGGUGUUUUAUUACCCUGUGGGGAUAACUGGAAAAAUUUGA